GAAGAGCAAAACAAGUUUUCGGGAAACACCGUGUGUCUUGACUCAGCGACUAUGAUGAGUUGAAGUCUCAGAGGGUUAUUUCUUGUUGGGAGACAAACCGAUAUAGAACCUGGGCGAAUUUCACGGUAGAAGUUCUGGUCCGCGGUGGAUUGAGUAUCUCUGGUUGUACAUAAGAAGUGCUAGUUCGGAGUUGCUCAUCGGGUCGUCGAAAGCCGACGUCUCUACGCAUUCAUGUCACUUUGAUGUCCUCUGAGCAUUCAUCCCCGCCUGCCAAAAAGCCACGAACAGAACCCACGGGUGCCAGUUGUGCGAAAAACAGUACGACAAACAGUUUAACAGGGGCUACAAUGGCAAAAAACGGCACCUCAGAUGAAAUUGAUGAGGGCCUUUACUCUCGCCAGCUGUAUGUGCUUGGCCAUGAUGCCAUGCGCAGAAUGGCACACUCGAAUGUCCUGAUCUCUGGCAUGGGCGGGCUUGGCGUGGAAAUAGCAAAGAAUGUUGUCUUGGGUGGUGUGAAGUCUGUUACUAUCCAUGAUCAAGGGGAGGCAACCUGGUAUGAUCUGUCAUCUCAGUUCUUCCUACGGGAAGAAGACAUAGGUAAAAAUCGUGCUGAGGUCACUCAGCCACGCCUAGCAGAGCUGAACACAUAUGUCCCAGUCAAAAAGCUGACGACUGCACUUACAGAAGACGACCUGAAGGAAUACCAGGUUGUUGUAUUGACACGCUCAAGUUUAGAAGAGCAGAUUCGUGUGGGAGAAUUCUGUCAUGCUAAUGGAAUCAAAGUCAUUGUGGCAGAGACCAGAGGAUUAUUCGGUAUGGUGUUUUGCGACUUUGGAGAGGGUUUUGUCGUAACUGAUGUAGAUGGGGAACAGCCGGUUAGCAACAUGGUGGCCAGUAUAUCAAAGGAGACAGAGAGUGUGGUGACCUGUUUGGAUGAAACACGCCAUGGUUAUGAGGAUGGAGAUUAUGUCACGUUUGCAGAAAUCAAAGGCAUGACCGAGUUAAAUGGUUGUAAUCCCAUCAAGAUUAAAGUAUUGGGUCCCUACACCUUCAGUAUAGGUGACACGACUGGGUUCUCAGAUUACGUUAGAGGUGGCAUAGUCACAAAAGUCAAAAUGCCACGUACUCUUAACUUUAAAUCUAUUACCAAGGCAUUGGCUGCCCCAGAAGUAGUGCCCUCUGACUUUGCCAAGUUUGAUAGGCCAGCACAGUUACAUAUAGCAUUCCAGACCCUACAUGAGUAUGAGAGAAGAAACGGGGCAUUACCAAGGAGUAGAAAUAAGUCUGAUGCAGAACAGUUUCUGAACAUAUUCAAAGAGGUCAAUCAAAAGUCUCCAGCUAAGGUUGAGGAGAUUAACGAGGAGUUGGUGAUUGAGUUUGCAGAGCAGGCUCGAGGAGAUAUUUGUGCUAUCCAGGCUGUGAUUGGUGGAAUAAGUGCUCAGGAGGUCAUGAAGGCAUGCAGUGGAAAAUUCAACCCAAUAUUUCAGUACUUCUACUUUGAUGCUCUAGAAUGUCUCCCAGAGGAGAAAGGCUCUCUGACAGAAGAAAAAUGCCGUCCGAAAAACUGUCGAUAUGACGGUCAGCUUGCUGUGUUUGGAUCCGAUAUACAGCAGAGAAUAGGCUCCCUCAAGUAUUUUCUGGUGGGCGCAGGGGCUAUUGGGUGUGAAAUGUUGAAGAACUGGGCGAUGAUGGGAAUGGCUUGUGCACCUGAGGGCCAGAUCACGGUCACUGACAUGGACAUAAUCGAGAAGUCAAACCUCAACAGACAGUUCCUCUUCCGGCCCUGGGAUGUUCAGAAACCCAAGUCAUCCACUGCAGGAAAUGCUGUUAAACAGAUGAACCCAGCAGUACGAAUCCUCUCUCAGGAAAAUAGGGUGGGGCCAGAAACAGAAAGUGUCUACACAGAUGACUUUUUUGAGGCCCUGGAUGGUGUUGCGAAUGCUUUGGAUAACGUCGAUGCUAGGAUGUACAUGGACCGCAGAUGUGUUUACUACUGCAAACCACUGCUAGAGUCUGGAACCCUAGGAACAAAAGGAAAUGUGCAGGUUGUCAUUCCUCACAUGACAGAGUCCUACUCCUCUUCACAAGAUCCCCCAGAAAAGUCAAUCCCUAUCUGCACCCUCAAGAACUUCCCAAAUGCUAUUGAACACACCUUACAGUGGGCCCGUGAUAUGUUUGAAGGCCUGUUUGUGCAGCCCAUGGAGAAUGCAGUACAGUAUGUGACCGAUCCAAAGUUCUUGGAGCGCGUACAGAAACUUGCGGGAUCUCAACCAGUAGAAAUGAUUGAUUCUGUAAAAAAGACUCUUGUUGAUGAAAGGCCAAUGAAAUUUGAGGAUUGUGUGGCAUGGGCACGAAACUUGUGGCAAGAAAACUACUGCAACAACAUUCGACAGUUACUUUUUAAUUUCCCAUCAGACCAGCUCACCAGCAGUGGUCAGCCAUUUUGGUCUGGACCGAAAAGAUGUCCACAUCCUUUGACGUUCGAUUCAAACAAUGAAGUCCAUUUAGACUAUGUGAUGGCCGGAGCCAAUUUGCGAGCUGAAAUGUACGGCAUUAAACAGGUACGUGAUAGAGCAGCGAUCAAGGGAAUGGUAGACAAGGUGGUAGUGCCGGAGUUCGUGCCCAAAUCUGGAGUGAGGAUUGAGGUGACAGAUGCUGAGUUGCAGAACCGUGCUGAUGGACCUUCAGACAUGGAUUCUUUCGAACGAAUGAUAAGUGCUCUCCCUCCACCUGACACACUGCAGAACCUCAAACUUACUCCUUUAGACUUUGAGAAGGAUGAUGAUACCAAUUUCCACAUGGACUUCAUUGUUGCGGCAUCGAAUCUCCGAGCUGAAAAUUAUGACAUCCCACCAGCUGAUAGACACAAGAGCAAGUUGAUAGCUGGUAAAAUCAUUCCUGCGAUAGCAACAACCACAGGUUUGGUGGUGGGUUUGGUCUGCCUGGAAUUGUACAAGGUUAUUCAAGGGCACAAGAAAUUUGAGUCCUACAAAAAUGGAUUUGUGAACUUGGCAUUGCCAUUCUUUGCCUUCUCGGAGCCAAUUGCCGCCCCCAAACAAAAGUACUAUGACAAGGAGUUCACCCUGUGGGAUAGGUUUGAGGUGCAGGGAGAAAUGACGCUAAAAGAAUUCUUAGAUUACUUUCAGAAUGAACAUCACUUAGAGAUCACUAUGCUAUCUCAGGGAGUCUGUAUGCUCUACUCGUUCUUCAUGCAGCCAGCAAAGAGAGAAGAGAGACUUGCUCUGCCAUUGUCGGAAGUGGUGAAGCGUGUGUCCAAGAAGAAGAUCCCACCCUAUGUGAAGGCCCUGGUUCUAGAACUGUGCUGUAACGAUACUGAUGGCGAAGAUGUUGAGGUUCCCUAUGUCAAAUACAUCCUGUAGCAUUGGACUUAAAUUGGAUGUAUAUAUCUGUACAUGUAUUGUAGCUUAACAGACAAGGGCUCCUGGUGACUGUGUCUUGGAUACUUGUUCCAGUGCUGUUACCCUGUUUACCCCACUGUGUCAUGCAGUCUAUCCCCAGGGAUAUUGGUAUGUGGCAAAUAGGGAGAACUGUGAGGGACCAGUCUUGUAAAGCAGUUGUAGCACGUGCUGAGUUCAACUAAAUUUAUCAUGCUUUGGAGUCCUGUUUCGUGAUCUGGCCGUUUCGAUAUAUCACUGGAAUUCAUUUACAAGCCACAAGGUCAUCUGCACAGAAUACGUGUUACAUUUAUGUCCCAUCCUAUCUUGCAAAAUUUAUUCUACGGGAUAAGUACUGCUCUGUCCAAGUCAUAAGGAAAAUUGCUGUUGUUAACCAUCAGGCCUCGCUUUGUGGAAAUUUGCCACCUGAAUUGCUUUUGUGUAAGAGCCUGAAAUUUACCAUGGUAAUAAAAAGUUCAUGAAAAGUUCAGUGUGAUACUGUUUAAAAUCUACACCAAAACAAUUAAAUAGGUAUCUCUUGGGUAAGAUCUCCAUCCAACCUUUAUGCCUAUCAGUUAAGUGGUGGCUAUGCAGUGAAGUACAUGAAAGCUAGGCCUGUGCCAAGUGUUUUCUUUUAGAAAGCAUUGGGUACGUUUGAUGUAUCUGCCACAACACAGAUAAAUAAAGGAUUCUUAAUAGUAGACAGUACUGGCCCAUCUGCCAAACAUUGCUACUUGGAUCUGCAUUUAAUGUGCUUUUACUUCAUUCCAAAUCACUGGAAGCUUCUGGGUAUCUUGAUCUUGCUGGUAAAAAAACGCUCUUCUGCUGUUACAUGCAGAUACUGGAACAACAAAUCCAGGUCUUGGGAGUUUUGUUCUGGGCGAUGACUUCAUUGUACGAUUUACAGUUGAAACUAUAUUAUAGCCAGUUAUUUAUUCGUAUUGUAUGUUGGAGGUAAGAGAAAUGGUACAGCACACCUGAGUUUACUUGUUCAGCCUAAAGUGCUUAAACUCUCUUUAUUGGAGGUGUGUUUGUGUUAAGCAAUUCCAUAUUCUUGUAUCUAUUACUUGAACACUGAUGGAUUCUCUUCUGGAGAAAUAAAUCUGCUUAUUGUCACA